GUGGUGUGGAUAUGCCUCAUAAUAACCUGUCUGAGGCCUCACCCCAUGUCACAUUUUAGCAUCUGUUUAGCCAAUAAGACUGCAGCACACACACCAGCCUCAUUCCCUGCUUGAGCCUUACCUUUGAUGUCACAAUCUGACCUGCAGAUAUUAAUCUGGCCACAGUAGCUCAUUAACCGGAUGGCAAGGUCAAGAGAAUCAGCACAGUAAGAUGUGGAAGAGAACUGACCAUCAACCCAAGAUCAAAGCAGGGGAUGGACCUAAAGCAGGUCAGUUCAAGGAACUGGGCUCAGCUUGGGAACGUGCCAUGCCACACACUCUAGAGCUGUCAGAAUUCCAGAGCUUCCAGGUGUUUGAGGACAUUAGGUAUUACAUCAAAGAAGUGGGGGCCCAACUGGUAAAGAAAGUCAAUGCCAUCUUUCAGCUGGAUAUCACCAAAGAUGGGAAAAUUGUUCUGCAGUGGACCAUUGAUCUGAAGAACAGUUCUGGGGACAUGUAUCCAGGAUCAGCCAGGCUCCCAGCAGAUACCAUCUUCACAAUCCCAGAACAUGUCUUUAUGGAGUUGGUUUUGGGCAAAAUAAACCCUCAGAAGGCUUUCCUUGCUGGCAAGUUCAAAGUUAGUGGCAAAGUUCUGCUUGGCCGGAAGUUGGAGAGGGUGUUCAAAGACUGGGCUAAAUGUUAA